AUUAAUUAGUGUGAAUAAAAAUAAAAUUAUUAAAACGGAGAAAAAAAUAAGGUGUAAAGAGUAAUUUUAAUGACCUGUAAAUUCCCACAAAUUACACAUUUUCUACACAUUUUCUCCCUAAAUAGUAUUUCUAUUAUUUAAUAAUGAUUUUGUUUUAUUUACGAUGCGUAAAUUUCUUCGGAAGUUUAUCUUUUUUACAUCCUUUUCAAUUUUUUUGUACCUCCUUUCCUACUGUUCCAAUACCUUCUCCAACUCACUCAUCUCGAAUCCUUCCUUCUAUCACCUCUCCACUCUAGUUGAUAGAUUUGACCAAAGAAUAGACCAACUCAAUUUUUACUCUUUAAACCACUCCUUCAAAUCCUUUCACAAAUCUGAAGUGAUUGGACUGGAUUCAAAUACAUAUUUUUAUUAUUUGUUACGGAUAGUGUUUCGGUUGUUUUUUCUGGUUUUUGUGCAGCUUUAUGUGUUUUAUAUUCUACUCUUCAGGUAUGGUCACCUUUUCAAAGAUUUGCUCGACCUCAGCUAUAAAUCGCUGAAACAUGUUAAUUGGAAGAGCCCAAUUAACUUUUUCAGGUCAUUUUACUUAUUUGUUCACUAUGUCAUUUCACUGUUUUUGUACUAUAACUCACUUGUCUCAGUCAGACUUCGACUAAUUUUAUACUCUUCACUCGUGUUUGUUAUAUCAAUUAUGUCUUUUAAAGUUGGAAUCGGUACUAAACACUUUGUUAAUACCACGCCAAUUAUCAUAGGUCUAACCACAUAUUUAUCCAUUUUAUUGACAUUCACAAAUACAAUUUGUCACUAUUUAACUCUCUUAAACACUGUUCUCAUACCAAUUUGGGCCUUAACAAUUUAUCUACGUUCACAUUCAAACAUUAAUAAUACUGCUGGUAAUAGUAUGGAUAGUGUUGGUAGCGUGGAUGGUUCUGUUGUCACGAGUAAACACGUAAAAAGGACACGACAAAAAAAACAUGCUAAUACUAAUAACUUUGUAGAAAGUUCUGAAAGUCUGGAAAAUAUGAAUAAUAAUCCAAAUACAAGAUUAUUUUACGAGUUAAACAACUGUUUGGAUUUGUAUUUGAUAAUAAUAGUGGUAAGAAUUUGUAAGUCGAUCCCGUUUGUGGGCAAAUUACUGCAGUUGAAUGUUUAUUUAUCUCACAUUGCUCUCUUUUUCACAAUUUCAAUUGUAGUUCACUGCGGUAUUAUAUAUAUUACUGGAAUUAAAGUAAAUAGCACUCCUUUAUCUGGAGUCAGAAAUCUUGUCUUAUUCACCCUAAAUUGGCUCAUUUUUCACAUUUUUGGGAUUAAUAAUUACUUUUCCAAAGACUCGAGAUCGACUCUAAACACCACCUUAACCUCUGUUACUACCAGAGCUAAACAAAUUUUAAACAUAAUUUUGGGAAAGUAUUUGGAACCUUUAAGCCAGCACAAGACAGUUAUGGUGCUUUUAACAGUGUUGAGGACGUUGCCUCAGUUGUGUUUAUUAUUACUUCCUCCUGUGUUUUCCAGGCUUUAUUUCGAGUAUUCAACAGUUUUAGUGCCUAUUUCAACCUUUUUAAUACACGAAAACACCUUCAAGCAUAAGCUCUACUGCAUGGGCUUUUUCGUCCUCGCAGAUGUGACUCGCAGUCUGUUUAAUUUCAUGGGUUGGAUUUCAUUCAAAACAACUCUAAGAAUAUUGUUAGUAUAUACAAUGAAUUUCCUCCUACUCAAGCUCAAUCAAUAUGCUAUUCAAUGA